AUGCUGAAAACAUUGAGAAUCGAAAGAAGUGGUCUUUUUGAGACGUCCAAUGCGCGAAUACAACAGAAGGGGUAUCGUAUAUCCUUUGCGACGUUUUACCCUUGUUCUCAACCAAGGCAGCAGCGUACCCCCCUUCUCCUUCCCUAUCUCAUACACAACCCCACGUUCUUCCUGAGCUACGGAUGCUUCUCUGAGAGCCGUGAACAAUGA